GAGUUCGAGACCAUCCUGAGCUGCAUAGUGAGUUCCAGGCUACCAUUCAGAAGCAAUGAGUUUAAAACCCUUUACCUACCCAUUUCCAGAGACGAGGUUUCUUCAUGCAGGACCCAGUGUGUAUAAGUUCAAAAUCAGAUAUGGCGACAGUAUCAGAGGAGAAGAGAUAGCAAAUAAGGAAGUCAUCAUCCAGGAACUGGAGGAUUCUAUCCGUGCAGUCUUGGGAAACUUGGACAACCUGCAGCCGUUUGUUACUGAACACUUCAUUGUAUUUCCCUAUAAAAGCAAAUGGGAGAGAGUUUCCCACUUGAAAUUCAAACAUGAGGAAGUCGUCUUGAUCCCUUACCCAUUUGUUUUUACUCUAUAUGUGGAGAUGAAAUGGCUUCAUGAAAACUUGUCACUUGGGAGACCAAUAAAUGACAGUCCUCUUGGGGUGGUUGUAGCUGAGAAGAAAGCAGCAGAAGCUGUGAUGAAGAAACGAAAACUCAACGAAGAGCAUCGCUCCCCUGAUGGGGCAGGGCAGCCCAGGGCCAAGAUGGGGUCUUCCAGCCAAAGACCCAGCAUGAAGAAGCCACCUAUGGAAACCAGGAGGAACAGAGAAAGGAAACCCCAGCAAGAGAGACAGACGACCAUAGCCUCUGACACCACUGAUGUCCAGGAACAGCAUUCUAAAUGUGGACACAACCUGCCAGGGGCAAUCGUUCCACCCUUGCAGCAGAACAACUCACCUCCACCUAAAGAGCUGGGAAUCCGAAGCGUCUUUGGGUUUCUAAGCACUGUCUUUCCCCUUCGGUAUUUCUUCAAGAAGAGCAGCCAGUGAGCCUCCCAGAUGCGGUGACAGCCACAGAAAGAGGGCCUUCUCUUGCAGCGACUGCUCCCUGGCCACCACUCCUCCAGCUCCAUCCUUUUCUUACCACGCUUCAACCAUGAGUAUAAUGGCUCCCAAUUAGUCUUCUUGUGGGUUUGUCCUGUCCUUAGCCCUUUAUAAUUGAGUGGGUUCCCCCCCACUGCCAUUAAAACACUGGAAAAAGAAUGGAACUUUCUAAAAUGCUCGCAUCUAAGAAUUUUACUACCCUGAGGGCCAGUUUGGGUCUUUUGUCUCCAACACUUAGGAUCCUAAAACCAAUAAAUUAAUUAUUUAUGAAGAAUUAUUGAUUAAAUUUAGUGAAACAGAUUGAGAGAGAACAAACUCUUCCCUCAAAAUAUAGAGAAGCAAUGUGUGACACUUUCCCUGGCAUCUAGUUGCUGCUUACAGGGUCACACUGGGCAGCCACCAAGUCUGUGUCUGACCUCGAACCUUAAACUUUGCUGCUAGGGUCCAGGGAAUGAGGUUAUGCAAGACUUACUGCCCUGAGCCCUGCAGCCCCCAAAGAAGUGAUCUUUGUUCCAGCCCAGCUUGGCUUGGCCCCAGAGUGUUACUUCU